UACCGACGCGACAUUUGCGCCAUUAAAAUUUCUUUCUCACUAAAUGUUUUGAGGUAUAUAAGCAGAAUCAAUACUGGAAAUUUACACUUCGGUGAUUUUUCAAUUGAUUGAUCCAUUCAUAAGUUUAUCAGUUAAUUAUUUAUUAAGGUUGCACAGUAGGUAGCACGGUAAUUAUAUAUACUCUGGUCUAACUGUUGUUAUCAUUGCUUUAUUACUUAGUAUUACAAUGAAGUUUCUUUCUCUUCUAACAUUGGCAUCGGUGGUUGUAUCGGAAGCUAAUGCAAUAACUAUACCAUUCUUUCAACAACCUAUUGACACUUCUUUAGCAUCCAGUUCACUCCCAGCAGCUCCUGCAUCAUCACCAGAGUCAUUGGAACUUGUUGAACCAACUUCACAUCCAUCUUUACAAAAGAGAUAUAAAGAUGUUAUCAUCAAUAAACAGUAUGCUGCCGAACAAAAGGCUAAAAAUGGUGAAGUAAGUAGUUCGGAACAGCCAAAGGCUUGGAUUAGAACAUAUUCAGAAUCAUUAGUUGAAAUUGUUACUCCUACUGUAAUUGCAGGAGUUACAUUUGCUGCUAAACCUCCUACUACAACUAAUGGUUUAGAACAUUGGGUAUCAUUAAAUAAAGAUGGUUCACCUAAAACUAUAAAACCACAAAUCAAAAAUGGGGUUAUAAAAAAUGGAUACCCAACUUAUGGUACAUGGUUUGCUACUGCAACUACUGUACUUUAUACUAAGGAAGAGUUAAAGGCUCAUAAUAUGGCUGAUGAUGAAAUCUUUGAACACGAAGUAAUAAUCGAUGAAGAUCCACAUGAACACGCAUUAAAUCCUUUAAUUAGAUGUACUCCCGAUGGUUACUUUAAAAAGGGUGUUGCUAAAGAUAAGUCUUCUGAACCAUUCUGUUUCCCAAGAGAUGGCCAACAAUUGAAAAUGGAUAAAACAUAUUUUGUCACUUGGUAUUCCAGAUUUUUCUCGGAUGAAGUUGAAAAUGUUAGAGUCCAUUUGUCUUACAUAAAGGAAACUAUCAGACAAAAGGGGUUAAGAAAGAGAGAUUUAGCUGAUCCAUUGGAUAAAAGAUCUGCCCUUAUUGAACAAGGUGCUAAAGUUGAUAAAACAUCAUUCUAUCAAUCUGAUUGGGUUAAAAAAUCUCAAGGUUGGUUCCCUCUUACAAUAAAUGAAGAAUGGAUUGGAGAAAAGGACUAUAAUAGAAAAGUCUUGAUAUCGAUUCAACCAGAUAAUGUUGAUGAAUCUGAAUUUGAUUAUUUACAGAAUUCCAUUGUAAUCGAAAUCUCCAAGGGAGUAAGAGUUUCUAGGGAACAUAAUGUUGAUUUAGCUAAACUUGAACAAAAAUAUAAUGAUCCAAACUUUGAGCUUGAAGAAGGGAUUGAUGAGAAGUAUUAUGUCAUGUUAACUAUGCCAACCAUUGUUAUGGUGGCUGCAUUAGGUAUGUACUUAUUCGUGUGGUAUAAUCAAGUUGAUUUGAGUCAUUUGAAAAAGAGAACAUUUGCUAGGAAAGCAUUUAAGCAUAAAAUGGUACCUUUAAAGGGUAAAUAUAAGGACUACGGGCCCUUGCCUCAAUAUAACAAUGACGAUACAAAACAUGAUUAGUAUAUAUUAAAAAAAGAAUUCUACUGGUUAUACUCGUACAUGUUAUGAUUUGUAGUCUGGAUAUAUUCUUAUAGAUGUUCAUAGUUACAAUAAUAUAAUCCUCUUUACAAAU